AUGCGCUUCUCAAGCAGUCCUGUCGUGCUAACGCUAACAGCAGCCACGAUAAGAGCCCAGUUGCAGUAUGGUGAGAACCAGCGUGGCAUGAUCAAAGACAGUGAUAUCGUGGCACAGGCUUUCCCAGAUGUGGAAGGCAUCGAGCUCCUCUCGCCUGCGUUUAUAAGGCCAGAGACAACGUCUCCUGGGUGGUCCGAUGGCACGGAUGGCCCAACCGAUGACGUUGAGAUGGAUUACUUCUACCGGACACUCGCCAGCAGAAACGAAUGGUUAACUUACCUUGCAGCUGAGUUCACCUCAGAGGAAGGUCGUGCCAUCAACUAUCUCUACUUGUCUGACCAGAGCGUCAACAGCACGAAGCUCAAGGUAUACAUCCAAGCCGCAAUCCACGGAGACGAACCCGCUGGCGAUCAGUCGGUUAUGGCUCUUCUAGGGAAGAUGGAUGCCAACCAGACCUGGGCAGCCUCAAUCCUGGAGAAGAUGGAUAUCAAGAUCUUGCCACGAUACAAUGUCGAUGGUGUGGCUUACUUCCAACGUCAGCUGGCAUCUAACUUUGACGGCAAUCGAGAGCAUCUUAAGCUGGCCAGACAGCAGUCUCGAGACAUCAAGAAGGUCUUCAUGGACUAUAGCCCUCACAUUUCUGUUGAUAUGCACGAGUUCAGAGCUCCAGCGGUCUACGGUGGCGAUUACCAGCACGGUUCAGAUGCUUUGAUUUCUGGCGGGAUCAAUCCCAACAUUCGUCAAGAGAUCCGUGAUUUGCUGUUAGAUCUCUUCAUCCCAGCCAUGGGCGACCGGCUUGAAUCCCAUGGUCUUCGGUGGGAGCCAUACGUGACCGGCUCUUCCAACUCUACACCUGGCUCUCGGAUCGAGUUUGAGGAGGCUGUGACCGAAGCCAGGACCGGUCGCAAUGCGUAUGGACUGACGCAGACCGUGUCUUUCUUGUGUGAGAUGCGCGGAAUUCGCCUCGCUGACCAGCACUUUCAACGACGCGUAGCUACAGCUCUCCUCAAACUCGAAACUAUUCUUGAGACUGCCCGCGAUAAUUUCGACAAUGUGUUGUCCACCAUCGAGGAUGCGAGAGAAUCAUUCAUCAGCAGCGACGAUGACAUUGUCGUCACCGAUUACUUUACCCCCAAGAACCGCACGUUUACGAUGGUGAACCGAAACACGGGUGAAAUCGAACAAGUUGACAUUGACUACUGGGUAUCCACGCCCUCCGUGGCAAACUUGACACGGCCACGACCGGAAGCAUACCUCAUCCCCAAGACGUGGUCUGAUGUUGUUGCGAAGCUAGAAAACUAUGGACUCGAAGUAGAGACUCUUGACUACGAAUACCGUGGUGUUGUGGAGGCGCUCAACAUUACUUCUUCCGAGCUCGACGACAGUAUCUACGAAGGGACUGUGCUAAACACGGUUACAACAGAGCCCAUGUACAGAGAGGUUGUUCUUCCUGCCGGUAGCUACCUGCUCAGCACAAGGCAGAAGAAUGCGGCAUUGGCGUUCAUUGCUCUUGAACCCGAGAACAUCGACUCCUUUGUCACUUUCAACAUCAUCCCCAUGGACGUGGGUGACGAGUAUCCUGUCUUCAGGAUCAUGGAAUAA